AUGUCAGAAUUACAGCUGCCUCCAGGAUUCCGAUUCCACCCAACCGACGAAGAGCUGGUGAUGCACUAUCUCUGCCGCAAAUGCGCCUCUCAGUCCAUCGCCGUCCCCAUCAUCGCUGAGAUCGAUCUCUACAAAUAUAAUCCUUGGGAGCUUCCCGGUUUAGCCUUGUACGGUGAGAAGGAAUGGUAUUUCUUCUCUCCUAGAGACAGAAAAUAUCCGAACGGUUCUCGGCCGAACAGGUCAGCUGGUUCGGGUUACUGGAAAGCAACUGGAGCUGAUAAACCGAUCGGACUUCCUAAACCGGUUGGGAUUAAGAAGGCUCUGGUUUUCUACGCCGGGAAAGCUCCCAAGGGUGAGAAAACCAAUUGGAUCAUGCAUGAGUACCGUCUUGCCGACGUUGACCGAUCGGCUGCUCGCAAGAAGAAGAAUAGUCUCAGGUUGGAUGAUUGGGUUCUUUGUCGGAUUUACAACAAAAAAGGAGCUAUCGAGAAGCGAGGACCACCACCAACUCCGGUUGUUUACGGCGACGAGGUCGUGGAGGAGAAGCCGAGGCUGUCGGAGAUGGGCAUGCCUCCGCCGCCGGUGAUGCCGAAUGAUUUCGUGUACUUUGACACGUCGGACUCCGUGCCAAAGCUGCAUACGACCGAGUCGAGCUGCUCGGAGCAGGUGGUGUCGCCGGAGUUCACGAGCGAGGUUCAGAGCGAGCCCAAGUGGAAGGAUUGGUCGGGUGCUGCUAAUGAUAAGAAUAGCCUUGAUUUUGGGUUUAAUUACAUAGAUGCCACCGCGUUCGGAGGUGGAGGGAGCAAUCAGCUGUUUCCACUACAGGACAUGUUCAUGUACAACAUGCCCAAGCCUUAUUAGGUGCAAACGCAAACGCUCGUCUAUGGGUAUCACGAGAUCGGUUACGGUCGAUCAAUGAGUGUGCC